AUGAUUGGAUUUUGGCAACAACUUGGUAGAUUCGACUAUGAAGAUCACAAGAACCGAAUUGCAACUGCGUAUCCAGGUACUUGCCAGUGGUUUCUGACCCAAGAAAAAUACCACGCUUGGAGACGGUCAGAAGAAAGCUGCUUCCUCUGGCUCUCGUUUGAUCCAGGCUGUGGGAAGUCAGUUCUGGUGAGGCAUCUGGCUGAUAUCGUUCAGCCAGCUGAAUCUGGAUGCGUAUGCUAUUUUUUCUUCAAAGCAGAUGGCGAUCCCGAGCAGAGGGAUUUGACUCACGCUCUUUCGGCAAUUCUGCAUCAAAUGUUUGCCGCGUUCUCUGACUGGAUCGAUGACAUCAAAGAAGAGUAUGACCGCCAUGGGAAUAAUUUGAUCAACAUGAGAAGCAAGCUUUUAAAAGCUUUUACACAAAUAGCGGCAACGAAAGUAACAUGCCGAAGCGAGAUCAUAUGUCUCCUGGAUGCGGUGGACGAAUGCCAGGACUUUCGUGAAAUCGAGCUCCUGAUCAAAGCUUUCCACAAAUUGCUUGGCCUCUCAAACGGUGAUCAGUCACCCAAAAGCUUCCCAGCUAUCAAGUUCCUUGUGUCCAGCCGCCCGUAUGCCAAAAUCGAGAGGUGCGUAGUUCCUCUUUUGCGGGAACGACGCGGCUACCAUAUCGACGGAAACUCCAGUUUCGAGGAGGUCAGUGAGGAAGUCAAGGUCUUUACGGUAGCACGGAUAAACGGGAUUGGCGACGAGAUUGGCCUUACAGAACGGACUCAGGACGCGCUCAUCGAACGACUGACGAACUCUGACGAGCGUUCGUAUCUGUGGAUCACUCUCAUUUUCGCCGAGAUCAGGCAGAUGUUGGGAAAAUCGGAGAAAAAGGCGCUCGCUGUUGUUGAUACUCUCCCGCAGACGGUCAGCGAGGCGUAUGAGAAGAUACUGACUCGAGUAUCUGAUAAGGCGCAAGCAAGGAAAGUGCUGUACGUCAUUCUCGCGGCAGAACGGCCAUUGACUCUGUCAGAAAUUGAUGUCGCAUUAGAGUUCAGCCAUCAGAUUUUACGCUUUAGUGAGCUUGACCUUGAAGGGCCGGGCUCCAGAAUGGAAUUCUUGCGACAGGUCAGUGGAUUAUUUGUGACGGUCGUGAACGGCAAGGUCUACUUCAUCCAUGAAACAGCACGGACUUUCCUCUUGCAGGCUGGGAAAGCCCCAGAUAACCCUGAUCGGGGAAGCUUCGAAUGGCAUUCGUCAUUUUCCACCAUAUUGGCGCAGGAGAAACUAGCCGAGGUUUGUGUGCGAUAUCUUCAGUUCGCGGAGUUCGAAAAAGACCCAUUGACCAUCGAGUUGACGGAUACGGCGAAGACCAUUGACCAACGCAAUGUGCCUCGUACAUAUGUCUCAUGGGAUUCCAACCACAAAUGGACCGGAAGAACCAUGAAGUCGCUUUUCGAAGAGCAUUCAAAGGUUUCUGGACCGAGAAGCUCUAUCCAGAUGAGACCCAAGGAUGCGCUGCGAGAAAUCGCAAGUCAAUACCCAUUCCUUAAUUACGCUGCCACACACUGGCUCACGCACGUGUACCGUGGCAAUCUACAACUCGACCAACUCAACAUGACGCACUUGCUGGAUAUCGAGAGUUCAUGCUUCAAGAACUGGCUUUCCGUCUAUUGGGGCAGUGAGCCACGCACUUCAUAUGCCCAUCUCGACGUUCUUCGAAUCUGCAUGGCAUUCAAUCUUCACGCCUUCCUUGAAGUACUCUUACAACAGGGAACAACCGUGGACGCAUUGGACAACCAUGCCCGCAGUCCUCUUCAUUGUGCCGCCCAACACAACUUAGUGACGAGUACCAAACUCUUACUUGCGGCCGGUGCCAGCGUAAAUCUGCAGGACAAUACGUUGAGGACUCCAUUGCACGAAGCUGUCUUAUACGGAAAUAUUGCCGUUGUUGAAGUGCUCCUGGAGAGUGGGGCUCAGCCAAACUUAGGUGACUACGUUAAAAUGGCGCCUCUUCAUCUUGUCCGGGAAAGAAUAGACAUCACAAAGCUGCUCGUCAAGUACGGUGCAAAGCUCAACCAAAAGGACCAGUUUCGCCGUCUACCUAUUGCCUUGGCCAUGUACGAGCCGAAGUCUGGAGACACGACCAACGAGGAAAAGGCCGUGAAGUAUAUUGAGGUAAUUGAGUACCUCGUCGCCCGAGGGACCAAUGUGCGCCAUGCAUUGCGUCGGGCGCAUUUUGAGGGGUUAAAGGAGGCAAUAUGGAUCAUAUGUAGGCACGUCGGCAAGCCUGAUCUCAUCACUGCAAUUGAGCUGGGCUGGCAGGAAGACAUCACAAGACUCCUCGAAAGCGGGGAGGAUCCCAAUCGUUCAUAUCUCGACGAUACCACGCCCUUGCACUGCGCGGCCAGCAAGGGAAAUAAAGACUUGUGCGCUUUUCUGCUUGAACACGGUGCAUACAUUAACGCACAAUGCUGCUACAGGAAAACGCCUUUGACUCAGGCCAUUACGAGUAAGAACUUUGAGCUAGUUAAAUUUCUGGUCACCAAAGGAGCCGACGUUUACCAUGAAGAUCUUUACGGAACCGGGAUUCUGAACCAUUUCGCCCUCUAUGGUGAUCACAGAGCGCUAGAAUUCUUACUGAGCAAAGGACUCGAUCCAAACUCACCCUCAUGCGACGGAACUCGACCGCUCCACGCUUGUAUUUCUCGUCAAGAUAUUGAGAUGAGAAAGACUCUUCUGGCUUGCCAUGCGGAUUUACAUGCCCGCGGACCAGUGAAAACCACGGCUCUCAUCCUGGCUAGCGAAGUUGGCACUCGGGAGAUCGUCGAGCUCUUGCUGCAGAACGGGGCUUCCGUGCAUGAUAGGGACGCCUUUGGGAGGUCGCCUCUUUUUCUAGCUGUUUCUGAGGAGCACUGGGAUAUAGCUGAACUGCUUCUUGAACAGGGACAUUCAAAUGACACCUUGAAAGAUGGUCGGAAGCUGAGCACUUUUGUGAAGCCCGAACGUCUGAUCUGCUAG